CAGGAGGAGGCAGCGAUGAGCCUCGCGGAGCGGUCUGAGGAGAAGGUGUUGGCGGCUGCGGGCACCCCCGUGCGCUCGUUGGAUCCUAGUGAUGCAUCUCCAGAUGAAGGGGUAGUAGAAGAUCUGCCUUUGAUAGAUGAGAAAGCUGUGGAGCAGCUGACUGAAGGACUGCUUUCUCAUUAUCUGCCUGAUCUUCAGCGAUCAAAAUCAGCACUACAGGAACUUACACAGAACCAAGUGGUAUUGCUAGAAACAUUAGAACAGGAGAUUUCAAAAUUCAAGGAGUGUAACUCCAUUCUUGAAAUCGAUGCUUUGUUUUCAGAAGCUAAACACUAUCACAACAAGUUGGUGAAUAUUAGAAAUGAAAUGAUGAUGCUCCAUGAGAAGACAACAAAGCUAAAAAAAAGAGCACUGAAGCUGCAACAAAAGAGGCAGAAGGAAGAACUAGAAAGAGAACAGCAACGUGAGAAGGAACUUGAAAGAGAGAAGCAGUUAACAGCAAAACCUGCUAGGAGGACUUGAAAGCACAGCAUGCAACAAUCUGUCUGAAUUAAUAGCUUCUGGAUUUUCUGGAAUUAAGGCAGAUGCCCCUCAAAUGGGGCUAUAGCUGUUACUAGCAACAAUCUACUCUCUAGUAUUAUAAAGUCUGGUAAUAAUAGGGUGGGUAACAUUCAGAUUUUUUUGUUUCAGCCAUUCAAGUUGCCUUCUUUUAUAAUGCUAUGCAGUUUGAUAUAUAAUGUAAGUUAAAUUUUGUGUAUCUAUAUGUAUAUAGGGGAACUUGGGCUUCACAGUUCUAAAUACCUGUAAAUUUUUUUCAUCUGUUGUUCUUGUGUUUAGAAUUCUGAGAUACUCUUGGUGACUAGCACAUACACACAACACAAUACCAGUUAAAGUUCAGUUCUCAUCACCAGACUUCAGUGGCCACCCAUUUCACAGUUGAGAUCUCUUUGGGUUCAUAAGUACUGACUCUGUGCAGUCUCUGUUUGGUCUAUGUCUAAUGAACUGAAGAAAGUUCAAGUGUAUUUGCCUUAAAGCUCACUUUAUUGCAGCAGUCUUUCUCUUUUUUCUGCUUUAUGUAACUUCUGAUUAAAUUCUCAGCUGAACUGGUACGGGGGGGAAGCAGACCACUAAAGGUCUCCAAACUGAUUUGUGCACAAUGCAAAGAUGAAUUAAUUUGUGCUUCCACAAACACUGGAGUCAAACCAGGGGACUGUUACCUCUGUAGUGGUCCAACAGGAUGACUGUGUGGCCCAUGCAGAUUUUUGGAAGAUCAGAAGGUGUAGUGUUCUCAUUCUGUGUGACAAAAUAAAACAACCAAAAUGCAACAAUCUCCACUUCACAUGAGUUUCAGUUACCCACAGAAAAAACUACUGCAUUUAUAUUUUUCCUUAACCCAUGGUUCACUUGCACUUCAGGGCUGCAUAAGAGAAUUUCUGUUACACUGUCCUUGCCCAAGUUGGCGAUUAGUAGUGUGUACUGAUGAUACAUGUGGAAUAGAGGCUGAUAAACUUUUCUCUGAAUGUA